AUGCAACGCGACACAUAGCAUUCCAAUCCAAUUUCAACACGGGUUUUCAUACAAUAAGACUAUUCCCAUCACAUCAAACGCACGUGCUUCCUCUCCUAUCAGGGCAGGAUACAAAACAGAGCGCCUUAUUAUCCUGAGCGGUGCAAUAUCUCGCACUGUUCAUCAGCGGAUACUCUCUCAAUCUAUAUCUCCCACGCAACAGUUUUCGAACACGAAUAUCCUUCGCUGUCAAAGUUAUCCUGCCGUGUCCUGCAUUCAGUUGUCAAACGAGGAGGAAAAUUUCACCAGCCACCACUCGUUCUUCCAAAAUUAGUCACAAAAUAAAGCAAAUUAGUCACAAUUAUUCAUGUAAAAAGUAUUCGAAAUAUGUCGGAUUCAGUGCAAUCUCAAAGUGAUAAAUCAUGAAAGUAGCGAAUUAUUCAAGUUGAUACUCCAUCUAAGCCUUGGACACUGAGUUCAGAAAACCGAACAGCAAUAUUCAAGCGAUACCUGGGAAAUCAUUAUUAGAAAAUUGCAAUUUCAUUCACACGGGACCAAAAUCCACCGAAAGCGGAAAGGAAAAUGUCAUCAUCUGCAUCGUAGACCCCAGUAAUAUCCCCGAAAAAUCCUUCGCUGCAGUUCUGCCAUCGAUUGCCUCGACAUCCUACAUUAGGACAAAGAAAACGCGACUGGACUGGAAAGGGGGAGAAGGUGACUAGCAACUGCACUAUGAAACGCCAAAAUAUCCGAACUCUUUCGCUGGUGGUUUGUACGUUCACCUAUCUGCUGAUAGGGGCGGCCGUGUUUGAUGCACUCGAGUCGGAAACAGAAGCCAGGCGGUGGGAAUUUUUGAAGAAUGUCAAAGCCACCUUCGUAGCCAAGUACAACAUCACUCCGGAGGACUAUCACAUGAUAGAGAUCGUCAUCACGGAGAACAAACCGCACAAGGCCGGCCCGCAGUGGAAGUUCGCCGGUGCCUUCUACUUCGCGACGGUGGUGCUGGCCAUGAUCGGUUAUGGCCACUCGACACCGGUCACCAUCGGGGGGAAAGCGUUCUGCAUGGCCUAUGCCAUGGUUGGCAUCCCGUUGGGGCUAGUGAUGUUCCAGAGCAUAGGCGAACGUUUGAAUAAGUUUGCUUCCGUUGUGAUACGACGGGCAAAGAAGUACCUUCGCUGCCAGCAAACGGAAGCCACCGAGAUGAACCUGAUGUUGGCCACCGGGCUGCUCUCGUCGGUCAUCAUCACAACCGGAGCGGCCGUGUUCUCCAAGUACGAAGGGUGGUCCUACUUCGAUAGCUUCUACUACUGUUUCGUUACAUUAACGACAAUUGGAUUUGGGGACUACGUGGCGCUGCAGAACGACCAAGCGCUGAUCAACAAACCAGGCUACGUGGCGUUGAGUCUGGUGUUCAUCCUGUUUGGACUGGCGGUCGUUGCUGCCAGUAUCAAUCUGUUGGUGCUGAGAUUCAUGACUAUGAACGCCGAAGACAUUCGACGAGAUGAAGCCGAGAUGCAGUCGUCGGUGGAUGGGCUGAACUACGAGUCCGAGUCCACCGGGAAGCUGCUGUCCUGUGGACAGCUCAACAACUACUGUUCGGAAAUCGAAGAGGAAGACACGUCCGUUUGCUCGUGCACCUGCCUCGGGGGAAACAGCUUUACGGCCCACGAGAACGAGUUUCUGCUUGAUCAAGGGUAUCAUCCGGCGGACAUCAUUACCAGCACCAUUAGCCUGAAGCGCAUGUCGAUAUAGGGCAAUUGGGAGGAGGGAUUGUGCUACUACAAAAGUGACAACCGAAUUGCCAAAUUUAGAUUUUAAAAGAUAGAUCAGAGCCAACCGAGUGAUGCGAAGGAGCAACCGCGGUCGAUAUCUUUGAGCUUCUUUGAAGAACCAAUAAUGUUUAGAAGGGGCUGCGGAGAAAUAGGACGGAGAGAUAGGUUAUACUAUUGGACGUAGACUAAUGCUAAAUUCUAAAUUUCUGUACAUCUUGGAUUAAGAUUUUUAAUUUUCAAUAAAAAUAGUGAUAGAAA